UGAGUUGUUGACGCGUCGCGCAAGUGCUUGUGAAAGAAAGAAUUUAAUUUACAAAAACAAAAGCAAUGGAUAAUUACGUGGGAAAAAAGUAUAGACUAAAAACAUCGGACAAUUUCGAAAAUUAUUUAAAACAUAUCGAGGUAGGCUAUUUAUCACGAAAAGCAGCGAUAUCGGUGACACCAACAGCGUGCUUGUACAAAAACGAUGAUGGCUCCUAUACCUUCACAAUGUUUACCACCUUCAGGGCCGUGGACUUCACCUUCACGCCAGGGGAGGAGUUCAUUGAAGAGAGAGCGGAUGGUGUUAAGGUGAAAGCACUGGUAGUUUUUGAAGGCAACACUUUGAUUCAUACGCAGGUUGAAGAUAAUGGCAGAAAGUCCACUCAUGUACGAAAAUUUACACAUGACACAUUAACUGUGACCACUACUUCUGAAGGCUGGGACGGCAAAUGCGUUCGAGUCUACGAAAUACUGAAAUGAAAUAGUCUUUAUUUUAAUGCAAUUAAAUUAUAAAUGAAUAAUGUGAUAUUUAAGGUUUAACAUAUAAUAUACCUACAUUAGUACUUAAUAUUGAUUUUUGUAAAUUUAUUUUUUGUAAAAUUACUCCACUAGU